AUGAGUCAUCUGCCCCAAAAUAACCCGGAUGAGUAUGAUGAGAAGGCUGAAGCCACACUAAAUGCCGUUAUUGCCGAUGAGGGAACUGGGUGGUCACGCCUCCACCAUCGUGAGAUGGAUACAAGCCAAACGGGGUCAAGAGAAAGACAACAUCGUGUGAAAGAGGGGAAAGCAGCGAAAAUCGUUCUUGAAAACCUUGAGGAAGAAGGGGAUGAAGAAGAGGAAAUUGUACAACAGGAAUGUCGACAGAAAAAGAAGAAUCUGGCACAACGUUUCUUGGAGUUUUUAUUUCCUCCUGGUAGCAUGUUAGCAAGCGCUUUUACUCUUGGAAGCUCUACAUUGGGUGCUGGUAUUCUCGGUUUACCAUCUGCUUUUAAUAUGACUGGUUAUAUACUUUCCAUUAUGUUACUUGUUAUAGUCACAAUACUGACAAUUUUCUCACUUUGGUUGCUCGCACGUGCUGCUGAAGUUUCAGGAAAAAGAACAUACGAAGAUGUCAUUCGCACACUUAUGGGUCGUGGACCGGAUUGGUUGUUGGCAUUCUUUAUGUGUGGAUUUUGUGUUGGUGGUGGUGUUGGUUACAUCAUCUCUAUUGGAAACUUGCUAACACCUGUUUUUGAUGACCCAAGUGUACCAGAGUUUUUGCGUACGAAAACAGGAAAUCGACUCAUCACAAGCAUGAUUUGGUUAGUAUUUAUAUUACCAUUAUGUCUGCCAAAACAAAUAGAUUCUUUGAGACAUACUUCUAUGCUUGGUGUCACCUUUAUCUUUUUCUUCGUUAUAUGUAUUGUGAUUGAUUCAUGCAGGUAUAUGAACAAAAACGGUUUUCGCAGUGAUCUUGAGAUGUUCGGAGUGGGAAAUGGUGCCAUUGAGGGUUUGAGUAUUAUCAUGUUUGCUUGUCUUGUGCAAAUUAAUGCUUUUGAGGUUUAUUUUGAAAUGUCUCACCCUUCACCACGCCGUAUGGUGAGAGACAGUGCUAUUGCCAUGAGUGGUUGUGGAAUGCUUUACAUUCUUGCUGGAUUCUUUGGUUAUAUGCGUUUUGGUAAAACUGUCACGGACUCCAUUCUACUUAUGUAUCAACCACGUGAAAGUAUUCUCUUCGCUAUUGCAUAUGUUGGCAUUGUCUUUAAAAUCUGUGUGGCCUUUGCUCUUCACCAAUUGCCAAUGCGGGAUGGUAUUUAUCACGUUAUUGGUUGGGAUGUAUAUUCUAUGCCAUGGUGGAAAAAUGCCCUUUUCUGUACCUUUCUCUCCUUUGUAUUACUUGUGAUUGGUCUCUUUGUACCCAACAUUAAUGUUGUGUUUGGUCUGGUGGGAGCCUUGUGUGGGGGAUUCAUUGGAUUUAUAUUCCCCGCACUUCUGGUGAUGUACUGUGGACGUUGGACCUUUUCGCGAGUGGGAUGGCUGGAGUACUUCGCCACGUACUUUUUACUCAUCAGCGGAUGUGUGGCUGUUGUGUUUGGCACAGGCGCCUCCAUCUAUGGUGUUAUUGUCUAA